UUCUUAUUACUGCUCAUCCUUAUCUUUUGAAGUAAGACAAUAGUCAAUUGAGGCUUAUUCCACGUUUUCUUAUCACUGGCGACAUUGGUUUGCAGCAGGACGAAAGUGAAACCGACGAACCAUCAGCGUUGGAUUCAAGAGAUUAUCGCAAGGAGAAAGCUUGAAGCUGGGCUGGAAUAGAAUCAGUCAAUCAACAUGCCAAUACCAAUAGUCGAUUCUCACAUCCACCUUUUUCCAGAAUCCCAUCUCCCGACGUUCGCAUGGUAUAGCCCAUCAAGUCCCCUGGGAUCCCAAUACUCGAUAGACGAAUAUCGCACUGCGACCUCUGAGCCCAGCUAUCUCCGGGGAUUUAUUGUCCUCGAAACAGAUCGGAUAUCUUCCCAGGAAUCCGGAGCCAGUUGGACGCAUGUCCUCGAUGAAGUCUCCUUCUUUACUCGAAUUGCUCUGGGGGAGCCUAUUGCAGGAGAAGGACACCGUGAUGUGGAUAAGCCGCUGUGUCUAGGAAUCAUCCCGUGGGCACCUGUACCCGGGGGUCCUGCGACAUUGGAAAAGUUCAUGGCAUUGGUGAAGGAGAGGACGAGAACGGAGGAUGUAUGGAGAAAGGUUUGCGGUGUGCGAUACUUGGUCCAGGAUAAGCCAGCUGGUGUGAUGCUGAAGCAAGACUUUGUUGAUGGGUUGAAAUGGUUGGGGAGGAAUCGGCUGGUGUUUGAUCACGGGGUAGAUGCCAGGCAGGGCGGGCUCUGGCAGUUGAGAGAGACAAUCGAGAUGAUGAAGAGGGCUUACGAUGGGGUGCAGGAGAGCGAAAGGGUUGUUAUAGCGAUAAGUACGGAUUCUUUUUUUGUCCUUUUUCUCUCUGAUUGUUUUCAUUCCUUUCCUCCAAUUUCAUCAACACUGACAAUCUAGACCAUCUCUGUAAACCAAACCUUCGACUGCCCUAUUCCUCUCCCCACUCCGUAACCACGCACCCCGAGUUUCUGGAAUGGAAGUCUCUCAUCACAGCCAUGGCACAAUACCCCACAUCUUACAUGAAGCUUUCUGGCGGGUUCUCAGAGCUCCCAACACUUUCUGCAUCUCCCGAACCAGAUAUCUCUGCUCUAGUCGAUAGAAUCCAGCCUUGGACGGAUGCCGUGUUUGAUGCUUUUACUCCAGAACGAGUGA